UCCUUUAUGCAAAUAUUCAUUCGGCCGAAGCGCCAUUGUGACGGUAAGAAGAGUCCGGCGUUGCUGCGCCAUUUGCGUGUCCGUGUCCGCACCUGGAGUUACAGUUCACAGGCAGACGACAAACAUCUACUGAGAUACGGUGCGUUUACUGCUCAGAUUUGUGUGCAGAGAAGACAAGCUAAAUUAUGGACGACAAAUCAGGACAACCGGGACAGCCGAUGCAAGCUUUCGGUCAACCACAGCCGGGGUACCAAUCGCAACCGCAGCCAGGCUACGGUCAACCACCACAGGCCUAUGGUCAACCUCAGCCGGGCUACGGUCAACCCCAGCCGGGCUACGGUCAACCCCAGCCGGGCUACGGACAGCCGCCUGCCCCACCCGGCUAUGCUGGCGGUCAACCCAUCAUGGGCCAGCCGGGCGUUCCUGGUGCGUUGCCGGGACAACCGGCGCCGACGCAGUGGAUGCCCGCCCCUCAAAGUAUACCCGGAUGUCCUCCCGGCCUGGAGUAUCUGACGCAGAUCGAUCAGCUUCUGGUCCACCAACAGGUCGAGCUCUUUGAAGUUUUCACCAACUGGGAAACGUCUAACCGAUAUCAGGUCAAGAACAGUGUGGGACAACAGAUCUACUUCGCUCAUGAAGAAUCUGACGUUUGCCAGAGGCAGUGCUGUGGACCACAACGUGGCUUCACCAUGCAUAUUACAGACAACAUGCAACAGGAGGUCAUCCGAGUGAGCCGUGAGUUCAAGUGCUGUGCCGGUUGCUGCUGGUGUGCCAAUGUCGAUUGCUGUGGCUUCGAAGUAGCCGUAGAGGCGCCUGUGGGACAGGUCGUGGGAUACGUGCGACAAGCUCAGAGUGGUUGGUCGCCCCAUUAUGACAUCCUGAACGCCAACAGGGAGCCCGUGCUGAAGAUCCGUGGACCGUGCUGCGUCUGCCAGGGCGCCUGCUGCACGUGGGACCAAAAUUUCAAUGUCAUGAGUACUGAUUUGGCUAACGAAGUCGGCAAAGUCAGCAAGCAAUGGAGCGGAUUCGUCAAGGAAAUCUACACCAACGCCGACAACUUUGGCGUUUCCUUUCCUACUGAUCUUGACGUCAAGGUAAAGGCCACACUACUUGGGGCCGUCUUCUUAAUUGACUUCAUGUUCUUUGAGCAGCCGAAGAACAACAACAACCACUAAUCGUGACCCGUUUGGACGGCUGGAAAGGAGGUCACAAGUCUGCCUACGUCACAUGCGUCACUGCUGAUUGAGCUAUCAUUAGAAAAAUAUAUAUACAUAACGUAUUCAUUUUUGUUCAACUUGCGGGAUUUCGUGAUAAAAAAAAAGUAUGACCUGAUCUGACAAAUCGAGUUUUAUUAAACCUAAUGUUAAGUAAUCUAAUGUAAGACAAUGAGUAUCAGUAACUGCCAGACACAGCUUUAUCGAUGUCUGCUUUUGGGUUUUUUUAUUUCAAGAAAUGACAUCAAUGACAAUUGAUCAUGCGGAAUACAUGUACAUUUUUUAAAAGGUGUUUUAUUUCAGUACUUACGUCAUAAGGGUAAGAUCUCUCAAUCAAUAAUAUGUAUAUAGAGGGUGAUAGCAAAAACAUGUAUGACGCCACAAAAUUAAUGGUUGGUGAAAAAAAGUAUGAGAGAUCACUGUUUAAAUAAUUAAAAGCUAGUAUGUUCGUCUUUGAUAAGAGGAGCUGUGUGUGCCUAUUAAAAUGCAUUCCAAAAUGAAAAUUAUUCGGAUUCAUCAGGGUAAUACUCCUCUUGUCGGCAUUCUAUGUCGGUCAUCUUCCCAUGUUUUGCUGAUAAGGGCUCAUAUUUCGAAGUUUUUAUUAUUUUAGUUAAUCAACACAUCUUGGCAUGUGCUACCCUUUUGUAUUAUUUUUAUAGACAAUAGUGACUGUGUGUCAUUUCUCCAGUUUUAUACGCGUGUUUUUCAAUUUAAUAAUUACCAAGAUAUGUAUUGCACUUCGGUACCUGUUAUUAACCAAAUCGUUCGCCAUACAUUUUGUCGACAUUUGACAUAUUACAACAACAAAAAAAGUAUCAAUGAUAAAGAAUUAACCAACACUGUAUUAAAAUGCCUUAUGAAUCAGCGUCGUAUUGUUGAUUCAUCGUCGAAAAAAUGGAACAAUCAUACGGAAUUGAACCAUUAUGUAUACAUUCUGUAUACCAUAAGAAAUACAAUCGGUGUGUCAUUUUUCAUUAGUGUAUACAACUGGGUGUGGUUACUCUCAUCAUGGGCGUCGCAAGGAUUUUUUUCUAGAGGAGGGAAAAGCCAAUGCCCCCCCCCCCCCAAAAAAAUCCCUAUACUUCCCAGCCUUUUCCCGAUAGAUCUUUUUCGAGGGUGGGCGGCACGGACAUUUGCCCCCCCCCCCAACCCAUUAAAUUAACAACAAUAUGAUUUCGCAAAUCUUUUCCUUUUCCCCCUUUUUUUCUUGUCGGGGGGAGGGGGGGGGGGCAAGCCCCUCCCCCGUCGCGACGCCCAUGUCUCUCAUAAGUCAUUUAAGAUUCAAGGAGUACUCGUUAUACAGUAUUUAUACAUGUUUUUCUUCUUCCAGUUUUCUCUUUUUAACCCACGUGAUUUUAAUUCAGUUACGACUCUUGUCAGUUUCACAACGCUUUGUUUUUGAUUGAAGAACUUUUAAUGAAAAGGAACUAAUUGGUAUCAAGUGUAUUGAAAUUGCUUGUAGGAGAGGAUUAUGGAUGAUGAUUUAAAUGAGUUCAAUUAUAGCAGCUUUUUCGGCAGUUUUGAUAUUUUUUGUUUUGGGGUCAGUAGCCGUUUCUAAACCAAAUGUUAACCACGUUCUUACUUAGAGUCAAUACUAUAUUUUAAUCAAAGAUGUGUACUUUUUUAUUCAACAUUUUGUAAAAAGGUAGAAGCUAGGAUAAGUAAACAUGACAUCUGUGUUAGUAUGAAUCUGUAAUUUUAUUGUAGGACUUUGAAAAUGUACGAUUUGAUAAGAACUUUCUAAACGCUUCUGUUAACAAAUUUGUUUGUACUUUUUUUCAAACAGGACUUGGUGUGUGUAUAUACAAUUCUUUGCAGCUCAAAAGUGUGUUGAUUUGCGUUUGAAAACAAAAAUUGUCUAAUUCUGUUGUAGUCGGGUCACAUUUCAAUAAAACGUUCUUGUACACUGUAUAGCA